ACUUGUACGCCAGCUUGACAAGAUGUCGGGUUCAUUUGCACGUCUAUCGGAGACUUGUCACGCCAGCAUGUCCGCCGCAGCAUCGUCCCCCAAGAAAGCCAGCAAGCCCAAGAAGGCUCCUGCGGCUCACCCGCCCACCACCGCCAUGAUCACGGCGGCUGUGGAAUCACUCAAGGACCGCACGGGUUCUUCGGUGCCGGCCAUCAAGAAGUACAUCGCCGCCAACUACAAGUUCGACGUGGACAAGAAGUCUCACUUCAUCAAGCGGGCCCUGAAAGCCUUGGUGGAGAAGGAUACCCUGGUCCAGGUGAAAGGAACAGGGGCGUCGGGAUCCUUCAAAAUCAACGUGGCAGCCAAGAAGGCCGCCGAGAAGGCCGCCAAGAAGACUACCAAGAAGCCGGUCAAGAAACCCGUGGCCAAGAAGGCCGCCAAACCCAAGACCACCAAGCCUAAAAAGCCCAAGGCUAAGAAGGCUACCACCCCCAAGAAGUCUACCAAGAAGCCAGCGGCCAAGAAGUCUACCAAGAAGACUCCGGCAAAGAAACCUGCUGCCAAGAAAGCUGCCACCAAAAAGACCCCGGUAAAGAAGGCCGCCAAGAAGACGGCGCCCGCCAAGAAGGCGACCAAGCCCAAGAAGAAGUAGAGACCUGACCGUCACAUUUUCUGCAAACCCCGGCCCUUUUCAGGGCCACCCACAUCCUCUCAAAAGAACUAUGUCAAUCACGUCUCAAAGUUAUACUUUUUCCACACGAAUACACGCUAUCCCGCCAAAUAAUUGAUAAUGAACGAAAUAUAAGAUACAAUGUAAGAUCCUCCCUCCCACACACAUACACACAUACACGGACGAUGGUGAGGGAAGACCUUUAUUGUAGAUACAUACAACAACCAGACGACAAAUGACACAUUAGAUACGUGAAAUGUAUUGAAUAUCUACCAAAAACUAACGAAUGAAUGAACACACGCGCACACGCUAUCAGAAUAUUGUUACAGAAGACGUCGCCGAUAUUGACGAUAUUCAUUUAUCAACCCAAAACUUGACUGUGCAGAAAUGUGUCUCGUUUAAACUGCUAUCACUUGUAAUCUCCCAUUGUAGCCAAUAGCCAUUCUUUAGUGUUCAAGUUCCUUGCCACAUUCUUCGGCAGGAGCCCAAACCGUGCCGAGCUUGCUGCAAAAAACGGAUCCUAGAGUCAAGAAAACUGACCAAUGGCAAGGUCUGAUUUGGGCAAGAGAACCAAUCAGACGUCAGAGUGGCGUCCAAUUGAAAUCUGCGGACAUCUAAUUAGCGGGUCUUAUAAAUUCACACUCCGCCGUGCGCCGACUACUUUCAUUGUCUUGCACUUGAGCGUAGACGAAGUUCGAC